CCUGGAUCGCCUGGGCUUCCUGUGGGAAUUGGGUGCUCACUCCCUGCUACACAAGUGCUCUGACCUUGGAUGCAGCAGGCAGAAGUGUUCCCUGUGUCACCAGGCCGGCACCCCCCUUAGCGAGCUCUCCUGGUCCUCCUCGCUGGCUGUUGUGGCUGUUUCCUUCUCGGGGCUCUUCACCUUCAUCUUCCUCAUGUUGACCUGUCUGUGCUGCAAGAAGGGGGACAUCGGCUUCAAGGAGUUUGAGAACGCUGAGGGGGACGACUACGUGACGGAGCUCUCGGCCCAGGGCUCGCCUGCCCCCCAGCAUGGCCCCGAGGUCUACAUCCUGCCCCUCACCAAGGUCUCCCUGCCCAUGGCCAAGCAGCCAGGGCGCUCAGUGCAGCUCCUCAAGUCGGCGGACCUGGGGCGGCAGAGCCUGCUCUACCUGAAGGAGAUCGGGCAUGGCUGGUUCGGCAAGGUGUUCCUUGGGGAGGUGAACUCGGGCAUGAACAGCACCCAGGUGGUGGUGAAGGAGCUGAAGGCAAGUGCCAGUGUGCAGGACCAGAUGCAGUUCCUGGAGGAAGCGCAGCCCUACAGGGCCCUCCAGCACACCAACCUGCUGCAGUGCCUGGCCCAGUGCGCUGAGGUCACCCCCUACCUGCUAGUGAUGGAGUUCUGCCCGCUGGGUGACCUGAAGGGGUAUCUGCGGAGCUGUCGAGGGGCUGAGGCCAUGGCCCCUGACCCGCUGACCCUGCAGAGGAUGGCGUGUGAGGUGGCCUGUGGUGUCCUGCAUCUGCACAGGAACAACUACAUCCACAGCGACCUGGCCCUGCGGAACUGCCUGCUCACCGCUGACCUGACCGUCAAGAUUGGGGACUAUGGGCUCUCGCACUGCAAGUACAGAGACGACUACUUCGUGACGGCUGACCAGCUCUGGGUGCCGCUGCGCUGGAUCGCGCCCGAGCUCAUCGACGAGGUGCACGGCAACCUGCUCAUCGUGGACCAGACCAAGGCCAGCAACGUCUGGUCACUGGGUGUCACCAUCUGGGAGCUGUUUGAGCUGGGCAGUCAGCCCUAUGACCACUACUCUGACCGGCAAGUGCUCGCCUAUGCCAUCAAGGAGCAGCAGCUCAAACUGCCCAAGCCCCAGCUGAAGCUGUCGCUGUCGGAGCGCUGGUACGAGGUGAUGCAGUUCUGCUGGCUGCAGCCGGAGCAGCGGCCGACGGCGGAGGAGGUCCACCUCCUGCUCUCCUACCUCUGCGCCAAAGGGGCGACGGAGGCCGAGGAGGAGUUUGAGAAGCGCUGGAACUCCAUGAAACCCAACGGCAGCACCAGCGCCAGUCACCACGGUGCCGAGCUCUCCUCCUUCCCGCUACUGGAGCAGUUCUCAGCUGACGGCUUCCCCUCGGACGGGGACGAUAUCCUCACUGUCAUGGAGACCAGCCACGGCCUCAAUUUCGAGUACAAGUGGGAGCACACCAAGACCGAGAACUUCCAGGCACCCCUGGGGUCCCUGAGCCCCAGCAGUGCCGCCCGCUACCAUGAGCUCUACUACCCAGCCACAUCUGCUGGCCGCCUGAGCCUGGGGGUCUCGCCCUCGUGCUAUGAGUGCAAGCCGGGGGGCUGUCCCAGCCUGCCAGCACCUGGCGUGGUGCCCAUCCUGGGCGCCCACAGCCCCUCGCUCGGCAGUGAGUACUACAUCCGCAUCGAGGGGCCUGGGGAGGGCAGCGCUGAGCUGGACUACGCCAUGUGCACCUACAGCCCCCCGGGCGAGCGAGGGUCCCCGCGCCCCCCGCCCUGCUGGAGAGCACAGGGUGCCCGUGGUGGUGGUGGCACCUAUGACUCCGACAGCAGCCCUACUGUCUCCCUCAGCAUGGAGCCGCUGCUGGGCCAGGCGCCGGUGGGUGAGGGCUCUUGGGAGUGCGCCGAGUACUACCCCUACCCCUGCACGGGGCAGGAGCUGCGGGGCUACGAGCCGUCCCCCAGCCAUGGGGCUGAGGGUUACCUGCUGGAGGAGGUGCCCACCCAGCCAGGCAGCCAGAACUGGCCUGUCCCCAGUUUCCAACCCGGCAUCUUCACUGACCCUCUUGGCGUCUCGCCAUCUGUGAACUGUGCCUACAGCCCCCGAGGAUACAGGGAGCUGCAGGCAGCCCCCCUUGAUGGGCAGCCACCAAGACAGAGCGAGGCCCAUCCGGACUGCGUGACGCUGGAUCUGGGUGAGGAGAGUCCCCCUGGGAGCCCCCCCUUGCAGGGUGCCAGCCCCCCAGCUCCACAGCAUCCCUGGGCCUCCAACAGCUCCUCCAACAACAACAUCGGCAGCGGCAGCCCCGCGUCCUGCGAGCCCUCGGCUGGCGACAGCUGGUGCUACCGCCGCAUGAUCACCUUCCGGGGGCUGAUGGCCAAGCCCUUGGGCACCGUGCCACGCGCCCAGCCCCAGCUCGGGGGGUCCCCACCGGGACUCGACUUCCGCCGCCCGCGGCAGGAUCAGCCCCCCGGCACCGGCAGCAGCUCCUCCCCACGCCACUCGCCCUCCCCGCGGCGUCAGGCCUGGCACGGCCGUGACUCAUCAACCUCCGGCUGCUCGCAGGCAGCAGCGCUGGCUGGCAGCCCCAGCACGCCGUGGGGCCCCGGCACAGCCCCGCCAGCCGGGCCCCAGCACGAUGCCCACCUGGACGAGAGCAGAGAAGGGAGCAGCCCUGCCCCCAGCCUGCUGCCCCACGCUGCGGCUGCACCAGGGCCCGGGGAGGCCGCCCCCAUGGCCGGCACUGCUGCCCCAAACCCCGGCCCUCCUGCUGACUCUGGCAUAGGCGGUGCCCAGCCCGCGCCAGAGGCCUCCACGGCACCCGUGCCAGUGCCUGGGGACGCUGGCGCCGAGAGCGGCGUGUGUGCCACUGGUGACACAGACCGGACACCGGACAAGACCUUCUCCAGCACCAGCUUCCCCAGCACAGAUGAGGGGAGCGAUGAGGACACGGCAGAGCUGACCUCCGGAGUCUUCACAGAUUUCUCUGGGGACUACACGGAGCGGGUUGAGGUGACCCCAGCACUCAAGUCCCUGCAGAAGCAGGUGGGGACGCCGGAUUCCUUGGAAUCAUUAGACAUCCCCUCCACUGCCAGCUCCUGUGAAGUCUUCAGCCCCACUGCCUUCGUGCCUGCUGGACAGCCCAAGGCCCUGGACAGUGGCUACGACACCGAGAACAACGAAUCCCCUGAGUUUGUCCUCAAAGAGCCCCAUGAGUCCCGAGAGCCGGAGGCCUUUGGCCAAUUGGGGAAGCCACCCCCAGGGCUGCCAGGGGGUGAGGGUGAGGGUCUGGUCCCUGACAUGCAGCUCUCCACCUCCCUCGGGGCCGAGCUGCAGAGCCUCGCCGAGAAGAACCCCUACCGUGACUCUGCCUACUUCUCUGACUACGACCCCGAGGCCGAGCGCAGCCCCAAGGAUGAGGAGGACAGCGACGGGUCCCGGACCCCGGAGGCAGAGGAGGGUUCCCGACACCCCGUUCCCGACCUUGGGCAAGCCCCUGUGCCGGGAGACGACUCACUGCACCCCCCAGGGGCACCCAGUAGCCCCCCAGCAGCACCCAGCGUGGUGGUGGCAGUGGACUUGCCAGCAGUGGGGGUUUUGGCGGGGGACUGGAGGGGGACAGUGGCCAAGGGUGCCUCAGCCAGCCCCACAGGGCCGGGAUCUGGCACUGAUCGGCGACCCGAUGGCGAUCCCUGUCCCCCAGGCUCUGUGCCACCCAAGACUUUCUUUUUGACCCCGGUGCUGACAAGCCCCGGGGAGCUGGUGUCUGCCAGAGGGAUCCACGUGCCUGAGGGUGUCCCUGGACUUGGGGGAACUACAGCUGGGGGUGAACAGACUGUGCCCCCCACUCUGGGGCUUGGGGAACUAGAACUGCCCCCAGAGGUGACUGCAGUGGGUGAUGCGCCGGGGGGUCCCAGCACGCUGCUACCAGGGGACAAGUCACCCCCCGGCCUCUCCCCGAUCCCAGCUGCCUCUGAGCACCACGAGGAGCCGGAGGAGGAAGAGGAGGACACAGAGGAUAGUGACGAGUCGGACGAGGAACUGCGCUGCUACAACAUCCAGGAGCAGAGUGAGGAGAGCGAGGAGGAGCUGGCGGCCGUGCCCAUUGUGGUGGCCGAGAGCCAGAGUGGCAGGAAUCUGCGCAGCCUCCUCAAGAUGCCCAGCCUGCUUUCCGAGUCCUUCUGCGAGGACCUGGAGCGCAAGAAGAAGGCUGUCUCCUUCUAUGAUGAUGUUACCAUCUACCUCUUCGACCAGGAAAGCCCCACACGGGAGUUGGCUGAGCAGAGCUUCCCAGAGCCCCCCCAGCCUUCGGGACAGCCUCCAGCUGCUGGCAGCCCCCCCAGCCCGCCCCACAGGGUCGGCACUUCGGAUGACUCCUCGGAUGGCAACGCCUCUGAAGAGAGUGGCGGCUUCGAGUGGGACGAUGACUUUCCGCUGAUGCCGGUGAAGCCGUCCCUGCUGUCCCCGCUGUCGGGGACGCCGGCAGAGCCUGCCCCGGCCAUGCCCGCGCUGGCCACGGUGCAGAAGCAGGUGCUGCCCAUCCAGUUCUCCCGCUUCACGGUCUCGCCAGCCCCGGUGUCCCGGUUCUCCAUCACCCACGUCUCUGACUCGGACAUGGACUCCAUAGGAGGCAGCAGCGAAGACGGUGACCGGGAGUGAGCCAGCCGGGACAUGGGCGCUGGCACAGGACAGUGGGGCCGGGCACGGGGGCCACCCAGGGGCUCCCUCCCCCCAGCUCUGGAUUUUUGAGGCAGAUUGUGUCAAAGGAAGGAGCGCGUUGGCUGCUGCGAGCGGGAGCGGGGCCGGCGCGGCCGGGGCCAGGCGGUGGGUGACGGCGCGUGCGGGUGCAGGUGGCUGUGUGUGUGCGUGUACAGAUAGACACAUAUAUAUAUAUAGACACACAUAUAUAUAUAUAUAAAAAUUAUAGCAUUUUAAGGGUAGUGCCCUGACCUUGCUAACACUUGCGGUGUGUGUGUGUCCCCCCACCCCAGUGAAGUCUCCCCUUUGGCUUCUUGCCCAUCUGUGCUCCCCGAGGUGGUGUUUGUCCCCUCCUUGCCGUGUGCUUGGCCUUGCACCUCGUGGUGGCUUGGCUGCCCCACGGCUGCCCCACGGCAUUGCUGAGCCCUUGGGGUGACCAGCUGCUGCCACUGCUUAAUGUCACCCUGAGUGCACCCCUUCCCCACACUGGGGCCACUGCUGGCUUUUGUGCCCCCUACAUCCGGGGUGGGCAGCACAGCUUUGGGGGAGCUUGUGGGGCCUGGGAGGUCCCCCCCCCCGCCCCGACUUGUUUUUUGGGGAGCAGUCCCCCUGAGGGCUGGCGGGA